AUGGCGGGGAGAACCUACGCGUGUCUGGAAUGUGGCGCUCAGUUCGAGCAUCACUCCGCCUUCGUCAGCCACUGGAAGGCUCACACAGGAGAGGAGCCGUACGAGUGCCUUCAGUGCGGGAGAUGUUUUCCUCAGCCGGCGGCCCUGGUGAAGCAUUGCCGAGGCCACGUGGCGGACGAGCCCCAAGCAUGUCUGGAAUGCGGGCAGCGCUUCGCCCCCACGUCAUCCCUGCCGGCGCACAGGCAAAUCCACGCCCGCGAGGGCCCCCGCCAGUGCCUGCAGUGCGGGGGCCGCUUUGCCGACCACCCGGCCUUCGUGAGGCACCAGAGGGGCCACACGGGAAAGAAGGCCUACGGGUGCGUGCAGUGUGGGCAGCGCUUUGCCGACCGGUCCCACAUGGUGGCUCACCAAAGGCUCCACAGAGACACGCACCUCUGCAAGUGUGUGGAGUGCGGGGAGAGUUUUGACCAGCAUUCGGCCUUGGUCAGUCACUGGAUGAUCCACACAGGAGAGCAGCCUUAUGAGUGCCUCGCGUGUGGGAAGUGUUUCCCCCGGCCCUCGGCCCUCGUGAAGCACUGCCGGGUCCACACAUCCGAGAAGCCCUACCCGUGCUUGGAGUGCGGGAAGUUCUUUGCCCAGCAGUCGGGCCUCGUCAAGCACCAGCGGGUCCACACCGGGGAGAAGCCCUACCCCUGCUUGGGGUGUGGAAAGUGUUUUGCGGACAGCUCCUCUCUUGCCAGGCACAAAAGGGUUCACACGGGGGAAAAGCCCUUCGUGUGUUCGGAGUGUGGGAAGCGCUUUUCAGACAGGUCGAACGUUUUGGCUCACAGGAGGGUCCACACGGGAGAGAAGCCCUAUAAAUGCUUGGAGUGUGGAAAAUGCUUUUCUCAUCGGUCACAUGUGGUGAAGCAUCAGAAGUUCCACGUGAAAGAGAGAGACACUAAAUGCCCACAGAAACUGCAGGGAUUAGGCACAGAUAAAUUCGCCACUCUGAAGACAUUCAGCCAAGAAGUACCCUGAGAGGCAUUUUUUCCUCAUUAAAUGAAUAAAGAACCAUGGGCGAUGCCAAGCAAGACAACAGAG